GCCGGUCGACCUUGACAAGCCUCUACGCGAUUAUCAUACAUCUGCGUUUUGAAAUCAUGACUUGGCUCAGUCGUUCAAAACAACCGUGAUCAUGAAGAGUUUCGUGGAGUAUUCUCCAAACUGUGAUUUUCCAAUCGAAAAUCUCCCUUACGGUGUCUUUUCUACAAAGAGUAAUCCUCAAAAGAGAAUAGGAGUAGCGAUAGGCGAUGAAAUUCUAGAUUUAUCCGUCAUUUCACAUCUGUUCGAUGGACCAUUAUUAAAAAAUAAUCAAGAUGUACUUCGUCGUGAUUGUCUCAACGACUUUAUGGCCUUGGGAAGACCUAGUUGGAUAGAAGCCAGAAGCAAACUUCAAGAUUUGCUGUCAGCCAGCAAUCCUACUUUGCAAGAACCAAAUACCCGUUCGAAAGUAUUUGUAAAACAGAAUGAAGCAACAAUGCAUUUACCAGCAAAGAUUGGCGACUAUACAGAUUUUUAUUCCUCCAUUCAUCACGCCACAAAUGUAGGCAUAAUGUUCCGCGGAAAGGAAAAUGCUCUGAUGCCAAAUUGGAAAUACUUACCGGUUGGUUAUCAUGGAAGAGCGAGUUCAGUCGUUGUUUCUGGCACUCCGCUAAGAAGACCUCAUGGUCAGACACUUCCGGUAGAGGGUGCACCCCCAGCAUAUGGUCCUUCCAGAUUAAUGGACUUCGAAUUGGAAGUAGCCUUCUUCGUUGGACCUCCUACAAAUUUAGGUGACACCGUUCCAGCAUCCAAAGCUUAUGACUAUAUUUUUGGAAUGGUCACCAUGAACGAUUGGAGUGCAAGAGACAUUCAAAAAUGGGAAUACGUUCCAUUGGGACCUUUUGGAGCGAAAAAUUUCGGAACCACCAUUUCUCCGUGGAUAGUCACCAUGGAAGCUUUAGAACCUUUCAAAGUACCUAAUGUAUCCCAAGAUCCAACUCCAUUUCCUUAUUUACAGCACAGUGAAUCUUGUAACUUCGAUAUUAAAUUAGAAGUUGAUAUCAAAACUCCAAACGGUAUCGUUACCACUGUCUGUCGUAGUAAUUAUAAAUUCCAAUACUGGACACCCCAACAACAAUUAGCCCACCAUACCGUAACCGGAUGCAAUAUCAAUCCGGGUGACUUAAUGGCUUCCGGUACGAUAAGUGGCGAGUCUGAUGAUUCUUAUGGUUCUAUGCUCGAGCUCGCUUGGAAAGGCACUCGGCCUAUACCGUUAAGAGAUGGGACUAACCGGAAGUUCCUACAAGAUGGUGACGAAGUGAUUAUUCGCGGUUACUGUGUCGGCGAUGGGUAUAGAAUCGGAUUUGGACCAUGUUCGGGAAAAUUAUUACCUCCCACUACUCAAUAAUUUUCUAUUCCGUUGUGAUAAUAUACGUUGUGUAAUAUACGUUGGUGGUACUUAUAAUUAUAAAUUAUAAAUUUGUGGGUUGGCUAUCAAUUUUUAGCUACUAAAAAAUGUAAUAAAAAUUAUAUAAAUAGCAAAUAAAAUGUUGUGUACUAUUCA